AUGAGCGAUGCGACUGCCUUGAAGCGCAAGCGGGCUCGACUGGCUUGUGAACCUUGUCGGGAGCGAAAAAGGAAAUGUAAUGGUGAAUCCCCCUGCUCAACGUGCACCAGUUGGGGCUAUGAGUGUCACUAUCAGGCUCCGCGACGCGUGAGAAGCAAACCCGCCGACCGGGGAACCAGCAUCCGCGACCAGAAUGAACCCAUCCUCGAAUCGAGUCCCCGAGAGGUGGGCCGCUUCACUGAGACCCUUGAGGUCAAUUCGGGAGCGGCUUUUGUCAGAAAGAUCGGCCUCAAAGUUGACCCAGCCAACGCGCCCAAAUUGAACCUCUUUGGCUGGAAUGUGGGCAGACGCAAGUCCCCCGCCGGACUCGCCCCCGUCGCAGCCUUUCCCAUUGUCGAGAUCCUCUCGUUGAUGCAGAUGAGGACUCUGGCGAAUGUCUAUUUCUCCAAAGUGGAUCCCUGCUAUGGUUUUAUCGAUUCCAGCGAUUUCUUCCGCCGCAUGGACAGCCGCUGGCAGCCCAACGCCGUGGAGAGUACGUAUGACGGCGUCUUAGCUGGGGUUGCCGCUCUCGGAUGUCUUUUCUCAGGGACCAACAUUAACAUCACCGAGUCUCACUUGGUCGAACUGGUGCGCUCGAUCUCCGAGACUCAUAUCGGAAGUGUCCGUCCCUCACUGCACUUGGUGACUGUAUGGACCCUGCGCGUGAUUUAUCUGCGCACGACUGCCCCUCCGUAUCCCUGCUGGGUGGCAAGCUCCACCUUGAUGCACUUGAUUGAAGCUUCCAAGCUCCAUCAGCUAUCAACAGAUGACGAUAAUGAUGUCGAUAUUCGACGGAGACUCAUUGGUGUCGCUCAACAUCUGAACCUCUGGAUCUCCUACGAUCUGGGUCUUUCCCGAGUUCCCCUGUGCAGUGAUACGCUCGGACUGCCUUCGUCGCGACCCGGCGAUUUCACCACAGAGCUCCUCGGUCUCCUACCUGUAACCGCCAGUCUGGGUCCGGAGAACCAACGUCCAGACCAGGAAAUCGAAGAGCUACUACAUCAGACGUUGAACCGCAGUCACACCAAACCACCCUCUCUUCUUUGCCAAUGCAAUUUGGUUCUAUGUCUGCUCCGACGUCUCCGGUUAACAAACCUCACUGCAUCGCCAACCACAAUGACCAAAGUCCUUGACCUACUCAAACGCAGUCUAUGUGCAUCACGCGAAAUGGUUGCCGACUGCUCUCCAUGGCACCAUGUACCUAAUGUGCCGUUCCAGAUGAUCAGUAUCAUCCUCGAGAUGGACACCAGCCCAGCACUCGAGCUACUGCCUGAAGCUAUGCAAACGUUGAGGGUGGUGGCCUCUACCUACGAUACGGAAACCAUGAGGGAAGCGUAUAACACAGCGUGUUUACUCAUUCUUCUGUACGAACGGCGUAGACGUGCGGACACUAGGUUGUUGAGUACAGUACUCCAUGAGUAUCAGCAGUCACCAGCCACAGAGUCGUCGCUCCAGCAAAUGGCAACUUCUGACGAAGUAUCCUGGCUGGAGGGGCUAGUGGCUGAUGUGCCAACCUUGCAGGGCCUUGACUUUAGUCAAUUUUUGCAGCCGGACAUGCUUCGAAUGUCUCCGGAUGCUUCUGCUUGGGGAAAUAAGUCUAGUUGA